CGAAUAACUUUAUGUUGCAUCUCUGUACACUGUGCAAUAUGAACUAAGUACUUUUAAAAAGUUAUAAAUUGUGUUAGUAUGUCUAACCCAGGACAAAGCCCUUUUGGGCGUAGCCAAUUAUUACGACGUAGUCCACCGCCGACGCCAUCACCAUCUGAACAGCACCACCAGAAAGACCCAGAGCCGUCAGCGUCCACUGAGCCUGUAGUAGAAUUGAUUUCUACGCCGGAGAUCCAGAAAUGGCUGACUUCUAUUGACGCUUUUAUGUCGGAAGUUUGCGGUAUUGUCGCAGAAGGAAAAAUGAAUAACGACCAGAAACUCCGUGUCACAAAUUUAUGCCGUAAAGUCUCUCAUGGGACAUCGCAGAUAGCGGUACUUUACCAGUCCCUGAAGCAGAAAACAAUCCAAGCCCAUGUUACCAUCCAGCAAUUACAAGGACAACAGGAAAUUGCAAAUUCCCUCCAAGAACUAAAACAAGUUGUAGAAGCUGAACGUAAGUCAGACUGCACUUCCUAUGCCAACAUGGUAAAAAAAGGAGAGGACAAAUUCAUACGGCCAGCCAAUCUCAGCUCCAUUGCUAUCUACCCUAAUGAUAAGACGCAGACCAGUGACGCAACCAAGAGCCUAGUGCAGAAAAUUAUCUCCCCUGAAGAGAUGAAACUUCGUGUCCGCGGGUUGAAGAAAAUUAGAAACGGAGGCGUUAUUAUCAGUGCGGAUAGCAAAGGCGAUAUAGAGAAGCUGAAAACAUCAGAAAAACUAGUUUCCUCAGGCCUCAAAGUCGAAGAACCUACUAAACGCCGACCACGUAUUGCUGUCAUUGGUGUCCCUGUAGCCCUCACUGAAUCAGAUGUCAUGGAGUGCAUCUAUGAACAGAAUCUCUCCGACAAAUUGCCGAAUACUACCCGUGCGUCCUUUUUAAAUGAUAUUAGACUAAGCCACAAGUCUGGUAAGAAAGAUCGUCCUACGUGUAAUUAUAUUAUAGAAGUUCCAGCGAUAAUCAGGAAAUUGCUGAUUAAUCAAGGCCGUAUCUUUAUAAAUUGGACAUCAUGCCCCGUAAAAGAUUUUACAAUAGUGACCAGAUGUUUCAACUGCCAACAGUUUGGUCAUGCAGCCAAGUUUUGCCGCGAAACAAGCCCUACGUGCAACCACUGUGGGGAGAUGGGACAUUCUUUUAAAGAAUGUAACAAUAAAUCUUCCCCUUCCCAAUGUGCAACCUGCAGGCGGUUCAAGCGGAAGUGUGACCAUCCAACUGGUGAUGUGAACUGCCCGGCACGCAAAUAUGCAGAAGACAGUUAUAUUCACACAAUAGACUAUGAAGGCGCCUAAGAGCGCCACCUAUUUUAUUUGUAAGUAGCACAUAAACAGUAGUCUUAAUUUCUAUUUUUAUCUUAACUUAAUUACAUCCUAACGAUAUGACUAAUAAUCUCCUAAGCGAUAUUGAUAAUUUUUCCGUAUCUGAAUCGAUUGUCUGUAAUGUUGAAAACUGCAAAAAUUUUAUUCCUACUAGUGAUAAGUUACUAACUUUCCUAACUCAAAAUAUUCGUAGUAUAAGUCGGAAUUUUAAUGGGUUUGAAGUACUAUUACAGAACCUUGAUAUUAGCUGUGACGUCAUUGUACUUACAGAAUGCUGGUUAUGUAAACAAACAGAUAAUUUGCCAAUGCUGAAGGGUUAUACUUUGUAUAAAACUGCAAUGAAUAUCAACCAAAAUGAUGGUCUGGUUGUAUACAUUAAAAAUACCCUUACAGUAUCAGUGCACGAACCCUUGUUUCAAGGCUGUAAUAGUCUUUUAAUUAAAAUUAACCAAGAUACAAUAGUUUUAGCUGUAUAUAGGCCACCAUCUCAAAAUGUAGAUAUAUUUAUAGAAUCGCUUAGUACUAUUUUAGAACAACUUUCAUGUUAUAGUAAUAUUAUACUGUUAGGUGACAUAAACAUAAAUAUUGCUUCUGGGAAAACUAACACUCAUGCGCAUAACUACCUGAAUAUCUGUACAUUCCACGGACUAUUGCCAGCCCAUGAUCACCCUACACACCAGAGUGGUUCAUGCUUAGAUCACAUAAUUAUAAAAUCUAAAUUGCCCUCUAAAACUUACAUUACUAAUUCAUCGCUUACAGAUCACCACGCAAUAUUGCUAACUCUACAAAUUUCAUUACCUAGAAAAAACUGCAUGCGUAGCAUAACAAAACUAAAUAUGUUAGCACUUGAAAAUGACAUACGCGGCUUAAACCUUGACCCUGUUUACUGUUCCAAUGAUCCAAAUAUUAGUCUGCAGUAUUUUAUUGAUUCAUUACAAAAAAUUAUUAAUAAGAAUACUUCUAAUAAAAUUCUACCUAGAAAAUACUGCAAUAUUAAGCCGUGGAUUACACCCGGCCUGGUCCGUUGCAUUCGACAUAGGGAUAAACUACACCAAAAACUACGACUCGCACCGGAUAACGAGAUACUUUCUGUUACUUAUAAACGGUACAGGAAUUUCUGCAAUAAUCUGUUGAAAAAAUUAAAAACCCAAUACGACAAAGUUCAAAUACAAAAAGCUGGUAAGAAUAGUAAACUCAUUUGGGAAGUUGUUAAAAAUAAUACUUUUAGAUCAAAGAAAUCAGACUCUGCUCUAGAACUUUUAGAAACUGAUACAACCCCAAUUCUAGCGGCAAAUAAAGUGAACAAAUAUUUUGUUGAUAUUGGUAAAAAUCUAGCUGAAAAAGCUCUAUACAGAAAUUCCUUUUCGCAAAGUACAACUAUGUCACUUACUACCUUAGGUUCGUUUGUGUUACUCGACACUGACGUUAAAGAAAUAGUUAGUAUUAUAGAUGGAUUAAAGGACUCUUGUGCUGUUGGGUGGGAUGACAUCCCUAAUAAUGUACUUAAAAGAUUUAAGCACGUAAUUGCACCUCCACUAACAUAUAUAUUUAACUUAUGCUUAACGAACGGUAUAUUUCCCAAUCUUCUUAAAAAGGCCUUAGUAACUCCCGUUUUUAAAGCCGGAGACAAAACUAAUAUUACCAAUUAUAGACCUAUUGCAGUACUAUCAGGCCUUUCUAAGAUUUUGGAGAGAAUUAUUAACGUUAGACUAAUUAAAUAUCUUGAGAACAACAAUUUACUCUCCAAUCGUCAAUUUGGAUUCAGAUCUAAAAGAUCAACUAACCAAGCGGUUCAUCAACUCACUAAUUAUAUAUGCACAAGUUUGGAUAAAGGUAUGUACACAAUUGGGAUCUUCUUAGACCUUGCGAAGGCAUUUGACACCAUUUCUUCCUCCUUGUUAUUCCAUAAACUUGAAAAAAUUGGUAUAAGAGGAGUACAGCUGAAAUUAUUCACGGACUAUCUUAAAAAUCGUCAGCAGUGCGUAAAAAUUGGUCAAUAUAGAAGUUCUGAACUAAAAAACAGUAGUUACGGAAUUCCUCAGGGUAGUAUAUUAGGUCCUACCUUAUUCCUAAUAUAUAUCAAUGACCUAUGCAGCUUGACCCUCCAAAAUGGUGUUAUUAUGUCAUAUGCUGAUGACACAGCUCUGGUGUUCACAGGUAAAUCAAAUGAUGAGGUCUAUGAAUUUGCCCAAAAUGGUUUUAAUAUAGUGUCUAAUUGGCUUCAUAAUAAUCUCCUAACAUUGAAUUCAGAUAAAACAAACUACAUGUUAUUUUCAAUGAGAAAUACUCACAUAUCGACUACUAACCUUAACAUUUAUGCACAUAGUUGUCAUACGAGCACGACUGCUGACACAGCAUGCGCUUGCCCUACAUUGGUAAAAACUGACUAUAUAAAAUAUCUAGGUGUCACUAUUGAUGCUAAUCUCAAUUUCCGAAAACAUAUUGAUACAUUAUGCACUAGAGUACGAAAAUUAAUAUAUGUCUUCAAAUACUUGCGCAACAUUGCGGACUUUGCCUUAAUCCGCCAGGUAUAUAUGGCAUUAUGUCAAUCCAUUCUUGCCUACUGUAUUAACUCAUGGGGUGGUGCUCUAAAAACUAUUCUCCUGCCCCUAGAACGUGCCCAAAGAGCAAUUCUGAAGGUCGCCACCUUUCGUCCUUUCAAGUUUCCUACUCAACAGCUAUACAGGGAAUGCAAAGUACUGACAGUACGCCAGUUAUUCAUCCUUAACGUAGUACUGCUGCAGCAUACUGAAAUUGGUUUUAGCCCGAUAUCUUCCGACAAGAGAAGAAAGGAUUUAGUUUGCACUAACCCUCAGACGAAACAUGCUUUUACUAACAGAUUUUAUUUGUUUUUAGGACCAUAUUUAUAUAACAAACUGAACAGGUUGUUAAAAGUUUAUAGUGU